GUGUGUGUGUGUGUGUGUGUGUGUGUGUGUGUGUGUGUGUGUGCAUGUGCGGCUCUCCCUCGCUGUGUCUUGUCUCCAGGAUUUCUCCCUGCCUGGCUCCGGAGGCUGCUCCAGCGCUGCGCGGAGCAGAGGUUUCCCCGGCUCCCGUAAAUACAGGCACACGCAUCCAGUGCACCACACGCACGCACACCACACACACACAGAGGCACACAGGCACGCUCCGAGCCGCUGUCCAGUCCAUCCCCACCGUCUCCAUCCAGCCUGGCAGAGGUGGCAGGCACAGCUCCGCGGCGGAUCGCGCUGACGCUGCCCCGGGACUGCGCUCGCAACAACGCGCCCGCGGUUUCAGUCUUCACAGGCUACAGACAGAUUUUUACUCUCUUUUUUCCUUUUCCUUUUUUCUUUUUUUUUUCUUUUUUUUUUUUUUUUUGGUUAUGGGGAAACUGCUUGUGGUUUUGGGCUUUUAAAUUUUUUUUUUUCUUUUGGCGAGGGGCUAGCGCUCUGCGUUUGGAGAAGGAGCCGGAGGGAUAAGGCUACCGCUCUGCUGCCCCCCCGCCGGGCGCGCAUGUGUGUGUGUGCGGGCCCGUCUCCCCCCCGCCUCGCAAAAGUUUGCCUGGGCGGCCGGGGGGCUCCCGGGCCGCCGCCCCCGCAGCCGGGGGGCGCGGCGGAGGCGCGGCGGAGCGCCGGAGGCGGCGGCGCGGCUCUUGCGCGCCGCGCGGGACUUGCGCUCCGCGCCAUGCCGGCGGCGCGGGGGGCUGCGCGGCGCUGCGCCCUGCCGGGGCCGCUGCUGCCGGGGCCGCCGCCGCCGCCGCCGCUGCUGCUGCUGCUGUUGCUGCUGCCAGUGCUGCCGGCCGCGGGGACCGAGGGCAAGGCGCGGAGCUGCGGCGAGGUGCGGCAGGCGUACAGCGCCAAGGGCUUCAGCCUGGCCAGCGUGCCCUACCAGGAGAUCGCAGGGGAACAUUUGAGAAUCUGCCCUCAGGAAUAUACAUGCUGCACCUCAGAAAUGGAGGACAAGUUAAGCCAGCAGAGCAAACUGGAGUUUGAAAACUUAGUGGAGGAGACAAGUCACUUUGUACGCACGACUUUCGUAUCCCGGCACAAGAAGUUUGAUGAGUUUUUCCGAGAACUCCUGGAGAAUGCAGAACGAUCCUUAAAUGACAUGUUUGUGCGGACUUACGGCAUGCUGUACAUGCAGAACUCCGAGGUGUUCCAGGACCUCUUUGCUGAGCUGAAGCGCUACUACACAGGAGGCAACGUGAACUUAGAGGAAAUGCUGAACGACUUCUGGGCUCGGCUGCUGGAGCGGAUGUUCCAGCUUAUAAACCCCCAGUACCAUUUCAGUGAGGACUACCUGGAGUGUGUGAGCAAGUACACAGACCAGCUGAAGCCGUUUGGAGAUGUGCCCAGGAAGCUGAAGGUUCAAGUGACCAGAGCUUUCAUUGCUGCACGCACCUUUGUUCAGGGGCUGACAGUAGGCAGAGAGGUUGCAAACAGAGUAUCCAAGGUCAGUCCCACCCCAGGGUGCAUCCGGGCGUUAAUGAAGAUGUUGUACUGCCCUUACUGCAGAGGACUUCCCACUGUGAAACCUUGCAACAACUAUUGCCUCAAUGUAAUGAAGGGCUGCCUAGCAAAUCAGGCUGAUUUGGAUACUGAGUGGAAUCUGUUCAUAGAUGCUAUGCUUCUGGUAGCGGAGAGAUUAGAGGGACCAUUCAACAUUGAAACAGUCAUGGAUCCUAUUGAUGUCAAGAUUUCUGAAGCCAUCAUGAACAUGCAAGAAAACAGCAUGCAGGUGUCAGCAAAGGUUUUCCAAGGAUGUGGCCAACCUAAACCAGCACCUGCCCUGAGAUCUUCCCGUUCUGUCCCUGAAAACUUCAAUACCCGGUUUAGACCAUAUAACCCAGAGGAGAGACCUACAACUGCUGCUGGCACAAGUUUGGAUAGGCUGGUAACAGACAUUAAAGAAAAGCUAAAGCUCUCUAAAAAGUUCUGGUCAACGCUUCCCUAUACCAUGUGCAAGGAUGAGCGAGUGACAGCCGGUCCGUCAGUCGAGGAGGACUGCUGGAAUGGCCACACCAAGGCCAGAUACUUGCCUGAGAUAAUGAACGAUGGCUUGACCAACCAGAUCAACAAUCCAGAAGUAGAUGUGGACAUCACAAGGCCCGACACCUUCAUUCGACAACAAAUCAUGGCCUUGCGUGUCAUGACUAACAAACUGAAGAAUGCGUACAAUGGGAAUGAUGUCAACUUCCAGGAUACGAGUGACGAAACCAGUGGCUCAGGCAGCGGGAGUGGCUGCACAGAUGACAUCUGUCCCACCGAGUUUGAUUUCGUCACCACCGAAGCACCGCCGGUCGACUCGGACAGGAGGGAGGUGGAGGCUGCAGCCACACUGCCUGGCUGGUCACUGAAGACAUUGCUCCUCAUCUUCCUCAGCCUUGUACUGCAAAGACAGUGGAGAUAAUCCUGGAUCUAGUCAGAGAAACUGUGUUUUAGCUACAGAAACAGCCUACUUUCUUCUUUUCUUAUCUCUUGGACUCUUGGACAGUGGACCACGCCACAAACACUUGCAGUUUUCUACAAGACAGCAGUAUUGCAACCUGCUUCCCGUUUUAGUUUUCCCAAAGAGUACCAGGUGCCAGACUGAACUACUUCCUGCUUUUUUCAGAUAUCUCUGAAGACAAUAUCUACUCUUGAGAGAAUUCUUUCUCAAUCCUUUAUUACGGGAGACUUUCUGAGCUUCAUUUCCUUUUAUGCUGCAAAAGGGAGAAAGGAUCUUACAGUAUGUGUUUUUCCCCAGUGAGAAAAAAUACAGGGGAAGAAACUAAGAAAGUUUUCUUUCUGAAUCAAGCCUGACUCAAGGCUGCUGCAUUUCAAUAGAAUAUCAACAAAACAAAGAAGAAAAAGAAAAAAAAGACAAGGAAGGAACAAAAAAAAUGCAACCGUUCUUCACUGACAGCCAGGUUUCCUUUAGGAACUUCUGUAGGAUGAUUCAGGUCAUCAGAAUGAUCACUGUUAUAGGGAGGAAGGCUGGAUUUUUUUUUUUCCCCAACACUAAAAAAGUAUGUCUCAGCAGUGAAUGUCUUGCACUCCAUCUGCCAACUACAUCAGAUUGAUAUGAAGGUAGAGAAGCUGAAAAAUAAGUUUAUCUUUUAGUAUGGUAGUAGCUCCACUAGCUUCAGAAUGUCAUGUUACAGUUGCUUAGGACUUGAAUCUUAAUGCCCAGUAAAAAUAUGAGUAGUAGCACGAUUUCACCUAGUUUCUUUUAGGAUUUAUCCAUGUUAUAGAAUUUUCACAGUUUUUCACUUAGCUCACCACUGUGAGCUCACCAGCCAUGAUCGUAAUGUUAAACAACGCUCUUGACCCUUCAUGGGUUCAGACAGAAAAUAAUCUCUUGUGAUGUAAUCUUUUUCUUUUUGUCACUGUUCUGACAUCAAUUAGAACUUUUUGCUACUAUGCCCAUUACCUUACCAAGACAGCAAUUCUCUAAUAGACUAACAGCAACCAGUUCAAUAGUGUGUUCCACACCUAACUACAUCUUUCAUACCAGUUAGUUUCAGUGUCACAAGGAUUUCUUCUAUAAAAUUUCAGAUCAAACAAAUAUAUAGUACUGGCAUGGAGAUUUCUUUCACUUUUUUAGUCUUAGUAUGAUCAUCUAUUUUUAUAUAUAUAAAUAUAUAUAAAUCACAGAUUUUAACUUCUUAAUUACAAGCUCAGGGUUGACACUUCUUUAUAAGAAAAAAAUGUUUGGUCAACCAACUCUUCUUUCUUUUUGCUGCUCUGGAAAGUAACCCUUUAAUGACUGGUGAGCAUGAAAAUCAAAGAAGAGAAUUUUUUACAUAUCCAGUUGUCCAUUUCCUAACAAGUUAGCAGGUUGGAGAAAACCUCUCUCAUAUGUGUGUAUUUGGUGGAGCAGGGGUGGGGCAUGUGAGUUUGUAUGAUAGACCUAGAGAAAGACAUGGAUGUUAAUUGUGAUGGUAAUUGUACUUCAGAUUCUUCAAGGAUACAUUGCUUUAAUAAUAAUUGUCUAAAUGGUUAUGGUCUGGGAUAGAGUUUCCCUAAUUGCAUCUGGUCAUAAAAUCCAAGAUGGAAGCUCUUUCAAUCCUGGACAAAUGUGUGUCAACAAUUCGACAUCAAAAUCCUUCUUCUCCCAUCAACCACAGACAAAGGAUUUUUGGGGCAAUUCACCUGGUGUUGAAAUUAUUUGCCAGAAAUUUAUUUCCUAAUUCUUACAUUGACCCUGGAAAUGGUAUGCACAAAUUGUGGUAACACUAUAAAGCCAGCCAACCACAUUCCAAUUUAACAGCAGAGCAGGUAGAUCAUAUCCAUUGCAAUCGCUUUUUCCUGUCAAAUUAUAAUUAGCUAUUGAUUUAGGCAUGAAAUUAAAAUAGAAAACACACAGCACGUUAGAAGAAAGUAUACUUCAGCACUUUUACCAAAAAGUAUUUACAAUCUAUUUAUAUAGUAUGUCUUAUAACAAAAACUGUAAGUUUUGAGCCACUUGUAUUCAAUUCUUUUUCUUCUCCAUUUUUUUACUUUGAAAUAUAAUGAUAGAUAGCAUCAUAGAAUCAUAGAAGCAUGGAAUGGUCUGGGUUGAAAGGGACCUUAAAAAUCAUCUAGUACCAUCCCCCCUGCCAUGGGCAGGGAUGCCAUUCACCAGAUGAAGUUGCUCAGGGCCCCAUCCAGCCUGGCCCUGACAGGUAGUCUGUUCUUCUGGGCCCAGAUUAGUUUAUCACUCACUAGAUCACACGGGUCUUACAUGGCCAUAGCAAUGCUUCCCAUUUCUCCAAAGUUCCCCCUUGAGCAGGUCUUCUGAUAGAGCAUUUACUGUUUAUAGGAAGUUUAAGCAAAUUCUCACAGGCUUUUUCUUUUGCCCUGGCACAGCAGGUAUCAAGCAGAAGAUUUUUGCUUUUAAUUUUUUUUCCUGAACUUGCACAUGAAGCUUUCUUUAAAAGUCUACCCUGAUCCUUUUCUUUCUACCCAUCUCCACAUUCCCUCUACAUCCUCAGCAACUUUGUUUCAGGAGAAGUUAAGUUUGAUUUUGAUUUCUCUGCUUGUGUGCUUAUUCACUGGUAACUGACUAAAUUUCCACCUGAUUAUUCUGGAUCUGAGUCCUUAUUGACAGGCAAAAAUGUCCAAGCCCUCUGAUGCAAGUCCUCUGUUGUACCUGCUCCACACUGCUAGUGAAGGAGCUGACAGACUCAUCAGCCCACAAGCAGGUGAUCUGACAACUGUUUUCAGCUGGUGCCACAAAAAGGGCGUGUCCAGGGUGGUGUCAUCAUCUAUUUUCAGACCUCCAUGGACUUUUGGACAAGUAAGAGGGAAGCAGGAAUCCCUAAGAACUAGGGGUUCAGUGAAGGCACUCAUCACUGGAGGAACUUGUCCUGCUCUUUUUUAAUUGGAUCUUAUAAACUGAGGCUCAAACAGAGCACCAGCUGAAUCUUUGCCAAAAUGUGAUUCUUGAGGGAGUUCUGCCACAAAUUUAUGUCUUCCAUGCUAUUAUUCCUCCUCUUAUUUUCCUACCAGGAAUGGUGAUAUUUUGUCAGGAGAUGGAAAUGCCUUUGCAUGAAGUACUGUGUAUAUAUUUCUUUAAUAGUCCCUAAAGAUUGAAUACACUCUUCAUACAUUGCAUUUUUCUAAGAUUAAGAGAGCUAUUAAAUCUACAGAGAAAAUGAAAUAGGGAAUGAAGGGGAGAAAAAAAAAGCAUUCAUGUUCAUAAAUGUGAGAAUCUACAUAAUUUCCAAUUAUUCUGUUUGCACAUCCUUUGCAUCCAAUAGCUCUUCUUCUAAGGUAAUUUUUUAGUGUGCCACAAUUUAAAUAUUUCUCUUCUGUUAGCAGCAGAUAAAGUAAGAAAUUAUAAAGAAGACAAUUAUAUGUUCAAGAAAAAGGAGCUAAGUCCUAAGGAAAAGUCCUUUGAUUGUGUAAACCCUCUAUUCUGUGCAAUCUAGAAGUUCUUCACAUGUAAUGUUCUUUUAAAGUGGAGACUAAUAAAAAAUUAGAUGCAAUUAAUUGCAUAACCAUUGCUGUAGACCCCUGUAAGGUUUUAUCUUUUCAAUAUUAACUGAAUUGCUUUUGCAUCAUCCCCAAAUUAUUCAUGUUCAUUGUACUGCAGAUUUUUCUACUUAUGACUCAAUACAUAGUAUUGUGAAUGCAGUGCAGGCUACCUGGACUCUGGCCAAACUUAGGCAUUUCAAAAAAAGACAAUCAGAAAAAAUAUUAAAAAGAGGAUAGAGAUUUCCUGCAAAAGAGGAAGAGGAAAGGAAACCAUGCCGCAGUGCUGGUAAGGGUUCAUCUAUCCCAGUUCCCUAAGAGGCAUCACAGACCCCUGUCUAUGGAAAACUCUGAAAAUCUGAGUUUCAGAUGCACAAAUCAUCCCAGUUCUGUGGGAUUUUUAGGAAGAAUGAUUCCCACAGACGUGUGAACCAGUUUGAGCUCCUUCCAUGCGAAAUGGCUUUACUGUGCAUGUGAGUGGCACAGAUUGCUCAGAGGUUGUGAAGUUUCCCUCAAUAGAGAUACCCAAGAAUCAUCUGGACACAAUCCUGUGCCACAUGCUCUGGGAUGACCCUGCUUGAGCAGGGAAGUUGGACCAGAUGACCCACUGUGCUCCCUUCCAGCCUGACCCAUUCUGUGAUUCUGUGAUUCUACGAGCUGGAGCUGUUUUUGGGAGGUAGACUCUAUGUGCAGUGUCUCAGCAGGCAGCAACUUUGCCUUCAGUUUACUAAUUGAUUCUGAAUCAUUAUCAAAUGUAACUAUAGUUAUUCACUGAAACUUUUAUUACUUCAGCAUAAAAAAUAAAUUACAGCACUGAUGUAAGUUGUGGUUUUUGUUUUUAAUUUGCUUCCAAAGAUAACCCAUUAAAACUGAAUACAGAAAAUUUUAGAAUGAUUAUGCAGGUUUCCAUAGAUUUCCGUAUGGUUAUUAAGGAGAAAUCCACAUUUCUAAGACCACAAAGCUAUGUUUACUGUAUUAACCCAUAAAUGUUCAAACCUGCUAGAAGAGAAUGGACAGAGUUAACAACAGUGGAAUGUUACAUAAAAUUGAAAAAAGCCAUAAAUUUAAAGGGAAUUCAGCAGUCAAAGGCAAAGUCUUAGUGUCAGUACUGAGAUUAUGUUGUCAAAACAUAAUAGACUCAGCAAUGCCUACUUUCAAGAAAAAUAGGGCAGGUGAUGGCAAUGUUUUCAUUACAACUACUCAGAUGGACUGUGAGGAUUAUAAUUAAUAUGUGUAAUUAUGACCUCUUUUGGAUAAAAUAAUGAUAAAGACCAGAGUACCAUGGUAUGUGAAGGAUAAAUGUUAUGAUAGUAACAAUUUCCUCCUCUGUUAAACAGUAUAGGAGACAUAAUGGAGAAUGAAAAACUUUGAUUUUUAAAAUAAAGCUCUAAGACCAGACAAGAGUGAUGGUCUCAAAAUAAUUUAGUCAGAACAUUUUGCAAAUCUGUCCUAUUCAAAUCUGCUGACCAAUACAACCAACCAAUCACUCGAGGGUAAUUUGCCAACAUAACAUGAGGUGUUCACUUACAGUAUCAACUUACUUUUCCUACUAAGCUGUGUAUAUAGUUUAUGAUUCUGAUUGUGCAUCAUAUGAGGUUGUAAACAGACUUGUGCAUUGCACCUGGGUGAAAUCCCAGUGAAAGCAAAUGAGAGCUUUGAAGUUAACAAGGGUUUUGACUAUAGUCAGGGAGAAGAAAAUAAGUCCCUUUUCCUCUGGAAGCUGUUCAUAUGUGGUUUAUUUCUGACUCUUAACAAAACAACAACACUGUCCAUGAAAGAAGUGAUGUUACCAUUGUCACCUGCAAGUUUCCAACCUUUACUCCAAAGCAGUUGCAAUCUUUCUGCCUGGUUUCCCCACAACCAAGGUCUCAGGACUGUCCAGGAGUUCAAGAAAGUCACAUGAGUUUGUCCAUGGCUUAAAGUCUACACAGUUAAAUGCAAUAAUUUCAACAAAAUGGCUUGAUAUUUCAGUCAGCUCUUAUUUCACCUUUAUAUUUAAUUAUGUAGAAUUGAUAAUUAACAAUAUAAUACACCUGAAAGGCUUUUGUUUCACAUCAAUGAAAAAAAAAACCCUUCUUCCUUUUCCUCCUUUAUUCUGGCACCAGGAAAUCUGUGCCGCUUAAUACUUAAAGCAGUUGGCAGCAUCUGGUGUGUAGUUUGUUUAUUAAACUCAGAACAGCUGCAUUACUAAGAGGAGUUGUCUUUUUCUUGAGAGGGAAUAGGGAAAGAGUGUGUCCAUUUAUCAUUAGCAAAAAAGAUGUACAGAAUGUUGACUAUUUAUCUUAGAUACAGCAGAGAUCCAUCUGUCAGCAUUUCUGAAGAAGUUUUAAAGUCAGAUUUCCAGGGAAGACAAAUCUACUCCCACUGAAACAUAAAUCAACACAAUUUUCUUCCAUGAAAAUAAUACAGAAUAUGUGGCUUUCAGUUCCAAGCAUUGAGGAAGUUAGAAAUUUGACUUCUCCAAAGUGGGAAACCAGCAAUUUAGACAACUCUCCUUCUCUCAGCUCCUGCAGCUCUUUUGUAGCUCUCCAGGGCUCUCAUGAGCCCCCACACAGAUUGUUUGAAGCAAGGAUCCUCCUGAGUAAGCAAGUUGUCUCUGCCAACAAUGGAGUUUGUUUUUCUAAGGUGAGUAGAAAGACAGCUGUCAGGGCAGAGUGAGACCCAGCAGAUAUGACUGGGGAGGAUUAACAAUAAAAUCAGAUGAGGGGCAGCUGGAGAUCCUCACAUCUUAGCUCUUCUGUUCUUCUUUUCUCACAUCCAACUUUUCAACCUACUGCCUGUGAAUUUUCAAUGUAGUCUGAUUAUAAUCAUCUUCUCUUGGACAUAGCAAAGACACAAACAUUGCUUCACAAGUCAGCAGUGCUUUGGUACUCUGCUGCAAAGUUUCUCUUCUCAUUUUCCUUGCAGACUGUCUAAUUCUGUAUCUUUCAGAGUCUGAGGAGGAGCUUACUACCUGAAACAGAAUUCUGUGUGUCAGUAGUCCAUUUUUAAUUUUAAAAAAAUGUGUUAUCUAGGCACAAAAGUUGUUCACGUGUCUCACAAAAUUUACUCAAUUUCACUAUGUAUCUAGUGAGUUUUCUUCUCCAGCCUGAAAACAGCACUCAGAGGAGGCUUUGGAAAAAGCCCAAACUCCAUUAACCCUCUAAGCUUCUUAGAGGUUCCACUACGUACCCCAAGUACCAGGUGACAGGUGGACAGUCCUUCUUCUCAUCCCUCCUCUCCUCACCUCAAAGUAUCAUCGUGGCCUUGAAAAUCUUUCAAAAUAAGUAUUUCAUCAUUUUAGCCUGUACGUUUUAAUUUUUUUCCCCAUAUCUGCAUUUCCUGAUGAUAAAUAAUUCUAACUAAUGCUUCCUGCGUGCCACAUGUCCCAUCUAUUUAACCAGUGUGGCUAUGACAAUUUUCUUCUCUGGGCUGAGCUGUCUUUUCUGUCAUUUUUAGCUCACCGGAUUUCCUAUCUCCCUUCACCAGAUUUCUGUGCCUUUGGUAGAAACUAAAGCUUCUAUUUUCAGAAAAAGGAAGUAGCAACAGGGAGAUUUGGUUCACUUAUUUGGGAGGUUUCUAUUGGGCUUUAUCAAACCCCAACUUUAGCUUUUAUUCUCUAUUCUAAACAUGCUUGUCUGGGUGUAGGUUCUUGAUUAUCUGACAUAAAUCUGGUGACUCUUUUUUCUAUCUAUAAUUAGAGCUUAAAGACUGUGUUUUGGGUUAUUCAUUCCGUUGUGGCAAAUUUCCACUUCUUUCUUUUAACUGCAGCCCUUCAUUUACUUCACACAUGUAUAAUACAUUGUAUGCAUGGAAGGUAAUUACAGAUAAAUUGUUUUAGUCUUUAGAUCACACAGAAGGUUUGUAAGCAAUCGGUUGGUGUUAGGGGGGGUUUUUUUAAAGAUACAGAGUGAUGAUGAGUCUCAAAAAUUUUCCCAAAGAGUAAUCAGAGGACUUCAGAUGCCAGCUUCGUGCUGUUAAUUGAGACUCCAAGAACAUUUUGUAAAUAAUUUGUGAAUAUGUUUGUGUACUUGAGGGGGGAGAAGGGAGCAUUCGCAUCUCUGAAAUAUUCUGAUGCUUCUUUCCAACUUCUGCCUAAUCUGAAUACAAAUCUACAAAUGAGGAAUUCGCAUUCAGAUGUUCAGGGAAGUCAAACUAAAUCAAUUGAUGGACAUUUACAGACAGAUUCCCCCCAGGUUACUUUUUUUGUGGAUGAGCAACAUCAUUUAAUUUCCACUAGCAAUUUUGUUACAUUUAUCAAAUUCAAAGAAAGGAUGUUGUUUAAGUAGGUCAGAUUUCUUGAUUUGGGUAUCAAUUGACAUUUAUACAUGUUUGUUAAACUUUUAUGCCUCCAGACAUAUGAACAUUGCUUGAAAGCAUGCAAAUUGUUAGCUCUGGUUUUUAUGCUAUGUUUCUAGACUAGUGUUUAACAUAGCUAAAUGUGAAUUUAUAGGGACGGUAUUUAAGUGCAAAUCAAGUUUAGAAUAGAAUUAGUUUCAGACAGAAACGGGGUUAGAUUGAAAAAAUAUUAUUAAACUUUAAACCUGCUUUUCUACUGAUCUGGUCCUAACAUUUCAGCUUAAUCUGGCACAACAAAAACCCAAAGCCAGUUUAUAGCUCAUACCUGAAACUAAAUGGUAGUUUCAAAUUUGGGUGUUUCCAAUCAAAAUGAAAGUUGAGAAAAAUCCCAAGUUCUUCCAUCUCCAAGCACUACUUAUAAAGAUAGAAUAUUUAGCAGCAUAUGGCAGUGUGUGUGUGUGUAUAUAUAUAGCAGUAUAUCAAGGCAGAGUUUGAACUUUUAAGGGGAAGAUUCUUUAUGGCUUUGUAACUUCAGAGAAGUAUUGUACCACAGAAAUAGACAGAAAUAGAAAAAUAUAUACAAUCGUUUUGAUACAUUUGUGAAAUAGGUUUCACAGAACCUGAUACUUUUUGUGCAAAAUGCCUUAAAUCACUUUAUGUAGGGCUAAUGCAAUUGAAUUUAUUUCUGUAUAUAGCCUUUUAUAGUAAAUACUUCGGAUGCAACACUAGACUUUUCUUUCCACAAUCAUAUACAGCCUUAUGAUUACUAACUAUAACAAAGAGGCAAUGAAAGCUCUGCUUUAUUAGCUGUGAAUGCACUUUCAGUCCAGUCGUAGACUGAGAGCUUGGAAGCAAGAAGUGGUGACAGUGCCAAGAGCACCAAGACCUUCCUGAUGGGCAAUGCCUACAUUCUCUCAGCCCUUUGCAACUGACUCUUUCUUUUUCCUCUCAUGCCAUCUGUCCUCAUGAAAAUCAGCUGUGACUUAGGGCCUCAGAUGUUCCCACCAAGCACUUCAGGGAGCACACUAUCUUUGUAGAUCUCUGCAGUCAGUCAGCAGAGAUGGGCACCUCCAUGCCUGGGAAGGGGCUUACCUCCCUUCCCAGCACAGGCUGCCUGGGAUGACAAGGCUUGUCAUGUAGAAAUCUCACUUAAGUGCCUGAAGGUAGAUGCUACCAGUGAGACAAGGGGUCCAAACUUCACUCAGACUCUCUCCUGGGCUCUUCAUGCCUGAGCUGGAGUAAGGAGCCUGGAGAGGAAUUCUACCUGGAGAAGUCACAGUACAAUGACUUUGUUUCUGGGCCAAACCAACCCUAGUGUAACCAGACGUACAACCAACAUGCACUCGUUCUGAAUACUGCCUGAUGCUGCUGUGUUUGUAUUCUUACUUAUAAGACAGUGGAACCAGUCAAAUAUCCUGGUUUCAAACAGGAAAGGAAACUGCCUUCAAUGAACAGAUGCAUGAGGGAUGGAGCUCAAACAGGUCUUUUCUGAAAUCCCAGAUGUCUUUGCAAGGCUAUCAUAAGCGGUGCACAGGGCUAAAGACAGCUCAGAUAGAUAGCAAGGAUUAUGAUGCAUAUAGCCAAAGGACAGAAAACAAAUUAAUGCAGUGCCUCAAAGAGUGAGGAACUGCAAUAAAGAUACCCUUUGGGUUUAAUCAUUAAUGCACUUAGUUGUUUGUCAGCCUCAGCCCUUACUGCAUCAGUGAAAGGAAAAUACACAUCUAAGAGGUCAGUAGAGAAAGCAAGGUUAAUACCUGCAGGUUAAUGCUGACAAACCACGAACACAAGUCUUUAAAAAUAGCUGAGUGGCAUGACAGAAAUAAUUCGUUAAAAGCUGAACAAUAAUUAAGCACAGCUUCAUGUGUUUCCCCCUCCAUCUCUUGAGACUCCAUAAGGAGGAAAAUCUUUUUCAUUCCCCAGAAUACUUCCUAGGGGGUUGGUGCUUGAAAUGUGGCAGAAACCACCCUAGCUAUGAAGCACCCAUUUCAGUCCAAUAUUCUGGGCCUCCUGCUCUUCCACCUUGUUUUCCUUUUGCAUUUCUGAGAAUGGUAUAUGCACACAGUGCAUGUCAGGAUGCAUCUCUCUCCUUGUAUGCACAUUUACGUAUGCAUGUACACAUAUAUGUGUAUCUCUACAAAUACAACCACAGACCAGUAAAUUUCAAGCACAUAUGCUGUAAGAGAGUAUUGGAAAGGCUCCAUUUACCACAAUACUUGACACAGACCUAAUGAGAACAGUCCCAAGCAGGGACUUGUGCUUUAAAUAUGUUUAUACCUUGUGUCUCUAUAAGUGGUGUUGAAAUUUUCUGAAAUUACUGGAAAAGAGUGAGCCUGAAGAACUUAAUUUGGCAACAUCUGCUGCUACUAGUAAGGAACAGAUAAAAUACACAACUUUCCAGAUAAAAACAGCAACCUAGAUGGUAUUUUGGGGCUUUACUGAUACAAAUUUCACUAUUCCUUGGUUUCGAUUUGUGCACAAGACCUCCUAGGGAAGCUCACCAAGCUUUUUGGAGCCCCUACUUCCUUCCUUUCAGGUUACAAUAAUUGUUAAAUGAUGACUUUCUUACAUUUAUGGAAGUAUAUUCUUUAAAAAUGAGCUGGGUAGAAUACUGGCGAUCAAAACUGUCAUCCUUGUUGUUUUUUUUUUUAAAAAGUGAAUUCAUAAUGCAUGGAAAGUGGCUCUUACUUCUAAUUAUAUAAUUUGGUCUCCCCUUAACUGAAUCACAGAUUUAUAAUCAUACUGCCGCUGUCCAUCACCCAAGAAUGACAUGACACAAUACCCGAUGGAUUGCCCCUGCAGCAAUUGGGUCUUUUUCAUUUCUUUCUUCUCCACAUACUUUACUCCAGGAAGUUUUGAUUAGUAGAAAUGCAUUCAGAUUUCCCUGUGGAUAAACAUUUGACAUUUUCCAGGCAAUCUCAGACAGUACUGCUCAGCCCAUUGCUUUUCAAUUUCCCCCUGAGUCUUUACUAAGUCCAGUGCACAACAGCUAAUGUGGUUUUCACAAAACAAUGAUCAGUAAUGUAAAUACCAUUUCUUCCCUCGAGAUUUAAAAUUAAUUCUGUGUUUUUAAAGCUAAUUUCUCUCACAGCUUUUUCAUGUUAAAGAUGAUAUUUUGAAAUCACAGAACAGUUAAAACAUAAACCAUUGUGUUUCUGUUCAUCAGUAAGAAAAGUUUGACUGCAGGGAUAUUUUGUUGUUAGGGUUGUAUUAACAGUCAUUUACUUAUACAUAUAUAUGUGUGUAUAUAUAUGUGUAGAGCUGCACCUGCUUCUUUCAUAUACCUUAAAAUUACUACCAGAUAAUGAAUGUCCUCCUGUUAAACUCUUUUUUUUUUUUUUUUUUGGUAUAGCAUCUUCCUGAAAUAUAGACAUUAGAAGACUUUGCUGCUCAGCCAAGGCAAUUUUGCCUGGUGCAAUAUUAUGUUAUUAGGCAAAGGCAUUUGAAAAAGCCAUACAUUUUAUUUUGUAAAUCAAUACUUCUUUUGCUGCCUACUGAAAAUCCUUUUUAGUGCUUACAACUUAUCUGAGAGCUAGAAUAGGAUUGUAAUAUUCAGUAACAGACUGAAACAAUAACUAGCAUUCUUAAAGAUUAGUUUUAUUUGCCUUUUGCCUGCAAAAGUUAUCCAUGUAAUGCUUUUCAGACAGAUUGUACCUUGUUAGUUUCCCUGCUUCAUAGUAUAAAUAUAUUAAUGAAUAUGUAUUUCCAUUGGCAACAGUGUAAGGCAAGUUAUUUCUCUCAUAGUGUUAUUCUACUGUUUAUUCAAGUGCAUAUUUUAAAUUUGCAAUGGCUUGUUGGAAAGUCUAAUUGAUUGUCACUGACUACUAGCCAGAGUUUUCUUUUGUUAAGACACCAUUACAUGAAAUUCUGAUCAUUACACGAGAGUUCACUUCUGGUGGUUGAUCUAAAUUAUAUUCUUUUCAAAAUCACAGCAAAUCCCUUAUCAAUGAAUCUCCACAAAAAUAUUGUGUUAAAAAUGUCAGAAAACACAGUUUUUCCAGUUGUCUUCAUAACAAGAAAUAAAUAGAUUUUCUGAGUUAAACAAGAAGAUAUAUUGACCUUUAUAUGAAUCUUGCCAUAACUGACAAAGCUUUGGAAUAUAGAAUUCACAAUUCACUAACUCUCUGUACAGAGAGACCAAUAGCUCAGCUAAAAAAUACCAGAUUGCUCAUCAGGGAAGUCUUAUUGAUGCAACACACUAAGUCAUUUGCAGACCAUUUACUAUAGGUAUCCAGUUGCAGCAACUACUGUGAGAUGUGACAACAAGAAAGCAAAGAGAAUCAAAUUCUCUGCUUCCCAGUGCCAUGAGAUUUCAAUCAACAGACAGAAACAGGGAAACACAUUCUUUCCAGUGGCUGUAGCUGCAUAUACUGUAUGUUGCUCUGACUUCUCUCUGUUGACAGUAAAGAGUAUUCUUGGUCUGGCAUCAUGGCAUGACAAGCUCUAUGAAUGAUUCACUACCAUUUUCAGCUCAGAAACCUUUAAAUACAUGCACAAUGCCACAGUAGGUGGUUUGCACUCAGCCCAUUAAUCCAAGUAUUAGAAAUAGGUGAUCAGAAGUAGUUAUUUUUGGUGAGGUAACUAUAUAUACAGAUGAAGGCUUCCCAAUGUAACUCAUUUAAAUUCAAAGUUUAGAAUGUUCCAGCAACCUGGACAAUGUAAUUCAUGCUGUGUGAGGACUAUGCAAUGGAGGAUCAGAAACACCUUCCCCAGCCUCUCUGGUCCUCCUCCCAGUGAAGCUAGUGAGAGUUUGCCAUUGGCUCCAGUACCAGGUAAAGCACAUCUAGCAAGUUUGAUACUAACCAUUCAGAUCUGUUUAUAUCCUCGGUGUUUAUCUCUCAAACAACACUGGUGACACUUACUAGUUCAUAAUUAAAACAGAAAUAAAGUGUGGGACUAUCUUUUACACUGUUACUUAAUAUUCAGUACUGUAUGUAUAUAUCUACUUGACACCUCAGUGAAGACUUUGACAUGCCUUAUUCAUUCUAGUUAUUUUUAUGGUAUUGGUUUUAUUAGAUUGCUUUCCCAUAUAAAGAAUAAAACUAUAACUGUUCUGACUUAAAAUUGUCCAAUUCAUUUUUAUCCAAGUUUUGUUAAAUCUAAAUCAUGUUCAUCUGUUCUUCUCAUUCCCAUCACCCUUCACUCACACUAGGAAGGCAAUGUAUAUUGGUGGUUUAAAAACAGGUAUUUGAUAUUCUCUGAUGGACUACAAUAAAUAUCUGAAGUAAGUACCUGC